AUGGAUCUUUCAACACCUCCUUCCCUCCGCUCAAACCCUAGACCCUCCUCCCAUCUCGCUCGGAGAAUCAACAACACUCUCGUCAAAACCAAUGGAGACUCUCCCAUCCCAUCUCUCGAUUUGGUCCUCUCCUCUCCCAAGAGCAACGAUACUCCUUACCCUUCUCCGGCUUCUCUCUACUCUCCGUCUUCCCCUGUUACACUCCGAGAGAUUCUUCUCUUGUCUCCUUCUCCUCUCCGGAAAUCGAGAACCCGUCUAGCGAAUCGGUUCGAAAUGGAAGCUGCGGAGGCUGUUGCGGCUGCGAGGCGGUGUAAGACGAAGGGAGGGCAGAGUUGUGCCUCGCCGAGGAAUUGCCGGAGAUCGAGACGGAGGUCGGAAGUGAUGGAGGAGCCGAAGGGUGUUGUUGUGUUGAACGAUGAGAAGGCUACGAAACAGAGGAAGUGUAAGAAGACUGGUCGGUCUAAGAAGGAGAAACAGAGUUUUGUUCCUUCGUUGCCUUCUCCUCCUUGUGUUUCUUCAGAUCUAAGUGAAGAUGUUUGUCAAGGUGAUUUGGAGCGGAUUAGAGAGAAUAUCAACGAUCUGAUCAUGUGGAGAGAUGUUGCAAAGUCGACUCUUUGGUUCGGUUUUGGGUGUUUGUGUUUCCUCUCUUCUUGCUUUGCUAGAGGGUUUAGCUUUAGUGUUUUCUCAGUGGUCUCUCAUGUUGGACUCUUGUUUCUUGGGGUAUCGUUUUUGUCACACACUCUUCGCCCAAGGGUAACUGAAGAAGCAGCCAAGAGAGAGGUUAAAGUGAGUGAAGAGGAUGUAUUACGAGUAGCUAAAAGAAUGCUUCCUAUCACCAAUUUGGCGAUUUCAAAGACUAGGGAGCUUUUCUCUGGCGAACCAGCAAUGACACUCAGAGUGGCACCCUUUGUUCUAAUAGGAGCGGAGUAUGGUUACCUCAUAACACUGUGGAGGCUAUGUGCUUUAGGUUUCUUCCUCAGCUUCACCGUUCCAAAGCUAUAUUCAUGUUAUGCUAAUCAGAUUAACCAAAAAGUUGAGAAUGCACAAAAGAGAUUAGUUGAAGCGUGGGGAAUCUGUACACACAAGAAGUUCGUGGCAGGCUCUAUGAUCACUGCCUUCUGGAACCUGACUAGUCUCAAGAUCCGUUUCUUCACAGUGUUCAUCAUUGUGGUAGUCAUCAGAUACAAAUGGCAGAACGUACAGUUAGACUCCGAAGAAGAUGAGGAAAAGCUUCAAGAACAAACUAACACGGAGCAACCGGAAGAGAAGUCACCAUCUCCUCCACCGUCUCCACCGCAGCAACCAAUAGAAGAAGAGCAAGCGUUAGUAGUAGUGGCUGCAGACACCGAAGCACCACCAAAGUAG